ACAUUUAAAUAAUAGUUUUUGACUACACUGAUUGGAUGUUCUCGUGGAGCCCGCCUCUCUACAUUUGUUCCAAGUGGUGAUGGUCUGUACACUGUGGACAGGCAGAUGCAGGGGCUUCAUCCUGAUAUCUUGUUUAGCUGGCAAACCUAGCUCCAGCCGUUCUGGGAUUAAAGCCUAUGACUUGCAAGGAUUUUUCAAGAUUGCCAAAAUAAAAAAGCAAGAGUGGAAAUAGAGGUCUGCAGGUGGAGGAAGGCGCCACCAUGAGGCCGACAGUGGGAUGUCUGUUGCUCUCUCUAAUGAUGUCUGUGGGUCAGACUCUGAAGUGUCCGCGUGUCUGCGUCUGUGACAACACAAAGCUCACUGUGAAGUGCAUAGGGAAUAAUCUCACACACAUUCCACCUACUAUAGACGAGAUCAUAGUGAAACUGGACUUGAAGAAGAAUAAUUUUGGGGAACUGCCCAAAAAUGCCUUCAAACACACCCCGUACCUGACCCAGCUCAGCCUGCAGGGGUGCAGUGUCCAGGCCGUCAGAGAGGGGGCGUUCCGGGGCCUUUCACGCUUGUUGCAGCUUGACCUCACCAACAACAACAUUGACAUCCUCUACCAGGAGUCAUUUGAUGGUUUAUCAUCACUGAAGCAGUUGUAUUUAGACCGGAACCGCAUUGAAGAGAUCCAUCCUGGAGCUUUUGCUGCAUUGAACUCUUUAAACCUGCUUUCACUCACUUAUAACCAGCUAGUCUACCUUCCUAAUAUGGCAUUUCAGGGUAUGAUGAAUAUCCAAAUGUUACACUUGAGUCAUAACUCCCUUAAUAAUCUGGCGACUGAAGCCUUUGCUGGUCUUCUUGCUCUUACACACUUAAACCUGGACCAUAAUGAACUCCAGUACUUCCCCACCAAAACUAUGACCAGACUGAUUGAGGUGACUCAUCUGGACAUGAGUUAUAACCCCAUGACGUAUCUGGUUGAGGAGAGCGUGGUUAUGCCGAAGCUCACACAUCUGUCUCUGAAGCACAAUGCUCUGCAGGAUCUGUCAGAAUCUACCAUAUCUCUGUCUCCUGUCAUCUCUCACCUGGACCUGAGCUUCAACCAGCUGUCGUAUAUACAGGCCCUCGCAGCAUCUACACACCUCACCAGCCUGAACCUCACCGGAAACCCCAUCAGGUGUACAUGUUUACUGCGGGAUCUGAAACUGUGGGCACUGAAGUCAGGAAUCAGACUCUUUGGGGUCUGUGCUUGGCCUCCACACCUCUCAGAUGAACCUCUGGAAAAUGUUCAAGAACAGGAUCUCCGCUGCAGACCGCAGGAUGAGUGGACAUCAGAUGUGAUUGAAGAAGGCACAAAAGAAGAAGAAGAAGGAGUGCAAGAAAAGACAGUAUCUACAGCCAAGUCAAAGAAAACAAGGAAAUGCCCAAAGGAUUGCCUAUGUGAGUAUGCAGCUCAGCACGCUACAUGUGAAAACCGUGGCCACACUAAAGUCCCCUCUGGUUUCCCGAGAAAAACACUUCUUCUUGACAUGCGUGGCAAUCAUUUCCACUAUCUCCCAAGCAAAAGUUUCCCUGGCAUCCCCGAGGUGGUGUCUCUUCACCUGGACAGCUGUAAGAUCCAUGAGAUCGAAGGUGGAGCUUUCCAGGGCAUGAAGAACCUGAUAUACCUCUACCUGUCCGACAACCAGCUGUCCUCUCUGGACGCAAAAGUCUUUGAAGGUGCCCAUGAGAUCAUGUACCUUCACCUGGAAGACAAUAAACUCACUCAUUUUCCUUCAUCAGCAACUCUGACUCACAUUCCCAAACUCCUGGAGCUGCAUCUGGAGAGAAACCUCAUAGCUAAACUAGAGCCUUCAGGACUUCUUUCUCCAGUCCUUCAGCUUACAGGACUCUACCUCAAUAACAACUCCAUCGCUACUAUAGUGCCGAAAGCUCUGGAUCCUGCUCCCAAGUUGGACGUUCUUCAUCUUGAAGAUAAUGUGUUAACGGAUGUGCCAAGUGAUGCAUUAGACCACGCCCCUCUUUUGACUGAGCUCCACCUCUCUGGGAAUCUGAUUCGCUGGAUCGGUCCCAGAGCAUUUCGCGUGGUGGCUGAAAGUCUAAAGAACCUGCUCAUUGAUAGAAUGGGUCUUCAAAAGAUGAGUGUGAGGUCUCUGGCAGGGUUUGGUCCUCGUCUGCUGUCUUUGUCUCUGGAAGACAAUCUGUUGGAGGAGUUGCCUGACCUUUCACCUCUUGCUGGACUUCAAAACCUCAGUCUCAACAAAAAUCCACUAAUGUGUGACUGCAAAUUGCUACCAUUUUACAGAUGGUUGGAGAAGAUGAGUCUGAGGGUUGAGGCGGUGUGCUUUUACCCCUCCGAGCUUCGAGGUCAGUCUGUAAUGGAGUCUGCCAUCUAUAAGAACUGCUCUAUAGAAAAUGCUCAUUCCUUUAAUGAGACCUCCAUCCCAACCAAAGCCCAUGAACCCAACAUACCCAACCCCACACAGCCCACAGAACCAUCUUAUGCUAAACUGAAACUGGCAAAGACAAAGAUAGCUGCGACACCAAAGAAAACCAAAUCUAAAGAAUUCAAACCAGAGCGAGCUCUGAAAAUGACCAGGCCAAACAAGAAAAAAAGAAGACGACCAAAAAUGAAGUUGCCAAUGAUAUGAGCAAUAGGAUUUCUUGAUUUAAACGAUAUAGAUAUCAUACUAAGGGGUAGUAGUGCUGCUGAUUUGUUUACGGGUAAUCCAGUGCACGAGUCCAUAUGCCCCCAUUUUUUAAAAAUGAAAGCGAAAGCGAGGCUGCGGUGGGAAGAAACCCAGAGGAAUAGGAUCAGCACGUUAAACAUGUACUCCACAACAUGCUGUGGAGUACAAACCUCUUGCUGUUUCCACGAUUUCAAAGUGUAGAUGUGGAGUAAACAUUCAGUUAAGUUUAAUUUAACAAAAAAAAGCACAUUAGGCCUCAAACAAAACCACAAUCUCUUUUAAAGUUAUACGCUUAAGUGUCUUACUAGGCUUCAGUUUAUGGAACCAGGUAAACACUGCGGGGACGCUUACCUGCUUCAGCCAAUGUAACCCGGUGAGCGAUAAAACAAUGCAGUCCUCUCUAGCACACCAUUGUGUUGUCAGUAAUAUUGUUGUCCCGGUACUGAAAUUUAAAAAACUAACAUUUAACAUGCUAGCAUUUAAGCGCCGUUGAGCACGUUUUUAAACUCCGCUGAUCUGCGGUGAAAUUACUGUUAUCGGCGGUGAUUGUCAUCAGUUUACCUCUCUUCACAAGUGCAAACACAGAUACACGGACACUGGAGCGUUUUAAAGUUCAGUCAAGUCAUCAGCAGAUCGCUUGUCUGCGUUUGCAUUCUGUAAACAUUGGUGAAGUGCAGUGAACUGAUGACCUUUACGACCAAUCACAGUCAUUUCUGUUAAGCACUGGUGGAAAGAAAACAUUUGCUAACUAGUGCCAUUUCCCUUAACUUAGGGGAAAAUAAGGUCCGAUAUGCCUUUUUAUUUUCACCAUGCAUUCAGAAAGGACCUUCGGGUCACUCGGAAAGUGGUGAAAUUAUAAAUUUGUGUUCACUGAUAAGAUAUAAAUCCAGGUACACAACAAUACGCCAUCUUGGAUGCCGUUCCUGUGUGACUCCAGGCGUUACUUCCAGGUUUAUUUCCACUGCAGACUCUCUUUCGCUUUUAAAAUGGAGGCUGUGUGAAGUCUGUAGAUCAUAUUUUUUCUUAAGUAACUAUUGUCUUUAAAUGCUUUAACUGCUUAUGCUGGCUUGCCCACACUAAGAGAUAACGAUAAAUAUAUACAUAUUGAUGACUAUAUUGUUAGGAUUAAGUAGUCGUACAUGUGUGUUUUUUUGUUUAAACAAUACAAUUAUUAGCUAGCUACUAUGUGGUAGUAGCUCUGCAGAUUUGUUUACAGGUAAUUCUUUGGUUGAAUCUUUGUUGAAUCAAAAUUUGUGCAAUUUUAAUGCAUCCACACAACAAUAGUGUUUUGGGGCCUCUGAAAAUACUUGUGUAACGUUAUAUGCUUUUGUGUGUGUGUGUGUUUGUGU